UAAUAUAAUAUCAAAUAUAAAAUAAUUAAAAUUCAUAUAUCUAAAAAAAAAAGGAAAAAAAAAAGAAGAAAAUCAGUUGAAUUCAAGCAAGAAAAACAAACCGUCAAAACUCGAAAACCGGAGGCCGACUCUGAAUCAAAAUAAAAUCUGUUUACAAACCUGGCCCUACACAUCUAUAAAUAGGGGUCGGCCGUCAAGUUCCUUAUUUCCUAUCAUAUCAAUUUACUCUUUGAGAGUCCUAGGGUUAGGGUUUCGAACCAGAACUCGAAUCAUGGCUUCUUCAAAGACGAUCACUCUCAGAAGCUCUGACGGCGAGGCCUUCGACCUCGAGGAGGUGGUGGCGGUGGAGUCUCAGACGAUCAAGCACAUGAUCGAGGACGGAUGCGCCGACAAUGCGAUUCCGUUGCCGAACGUCACCAGCAAGAUCCUUGCAAAGGUGAUCGAGUACUGCAAGAAGCACGUUGAAACUCCUAAGGCGGAGGAACACGCCGUCAAUGAUGAACUCAAGGCCUGGGAUGCUGAUUUCGUGAAAGUCGAUCAGGCCACCCUCUUUGACCUCAUCUUGGCAGCAAACUAUCUAGAUAUCAAGAGCCUGUUGGAUUUGACCUGCCAAACAGUUGCUGACAUGAUCAAGGGAAAGACUCCGGAGGAAAUUCGCAAGACAUUCAACAUCAAGAAUGACUUCACUCCGGAGGAAGAGGAGGACGUCCGGAGAGAGAACCAAUGGGCAUUCGAGUAAGGAGAAUGUCCGAGAACCAAUGGGCAACUUCUUAAAGAAUUAAGAAGCUGGUUUACUUUGUACAUAAGGGUUGGCUCUGCAAUCAACCCAGAUUACCUCAUGGGGAUUUAACCUUGACUUCAUUACAUAGAACCUAGUUAUUUUCAAAUAUGCUUGGAUGGUUUCCUACUAUUUUCUCGACUUUCUCAUUUGGGUCUUAUUUUUCAGCAUUAUAUGAUAUAUGACUUGGCCCAUAUGUCUGCAUAUAUGGGUUUCAUUUUCAGGAUUAUUUGAUAUAUUUCACCUACUGCCAAUUGUUAAUCUAUAUCCAAUUUGGUUCU